CUCUCUCUACGAAAGCAACCAACAUCCUGAUCCGAGAUGGCCCCUGGUUUUGCUCCUCCUCCUCCCCUCCCCGCCCGCCCGCCACCCCCUAUAUAUCCAUCUUCUUCCCCUUACUGUUCUACUGCCACCUUCUCUCUCCCCACUUCCAUCUCAUCUCAAAGGCUUCUCUUUUCUACUUGCUCUUUUGUUGCUCCGUCCGAUCCGACGCGUACCCAUUCAUCAGCUCCGCGAGGUGGGACUCGACGUGCGUUCGUCUCAGCGAAUUGGGUUGUCUUCAGCUUCGCCGCUCCACGUGUUUGGCGAAGGCUUCGGCCUGGUUUCUGGUUCGAGUCGACCCGGCGCGUUCCGGAUCAGUCGUUCUUGCACCUGGAGGAGGGCGUCUUCUCGAUCCGCGUAUCGUCGGCGAUUUCAACGCUUGGUAGCUGCUGAUCGACGCGGAAAAAAUCUCGGCUUGGGUUGAAGCGUCGAAACGAAAAUUCAAGAUUUUCUGGAACUUCUCGUGACAUUGCUUGUGAGAGGUCGAUAGUUAUUUAUCGGAAACGGGUGCGGAUGAGGAUUGGAGCGAGGUUGAUGGAUCAGGGAAUGAACGGGACGUCGGUUGGGCACGUGAAUCACAGCAAGGUCGGAUACAUCAACGGGAUUGUCAAGAAGAAGAGGUGCAACAGGAGGAUCCGGCGGCACCGAGCCCUGCCGUUCCGGAUGGCCCUGCAGGAUCUGUUCCACGCUUGCCAGGAUGUCUUCAAAGGCCCCGGCACGGUCCCUACCCCGGAAGACGUCCAAAGACUCUGCCACAUUCUCGAUCAUAUGAGACCAGAGGAUGUUGGAUUGAGUCAGGAUCUUCAAUUUUUCAAGCCUAAAAGCAAAACCAAAGGGACGCCCAGAGUCACCUCCACCACCAUAUACCAAUGUGAUAAUUUCGAGUUGUGUAUGUUCUUCCUUCCUUCAGCCGGUGUCAUCCCCCUCCACAACCACCCAGGAAUGACCGUUUUUAGCAAACUUUUGCUAGGGUCGAUGCACAUCAAAUCAUACGAUUGGGUUGAACCCCAGCAAGUAUCAAAUGGCUCGACAAUGUCCUCGAAACUUAGAUUGGGACAAGUGAAAGCCGACGGUGUCUUCACAGCGCCAUGCAACUCUUCUGUUCUUUAUCCAACGACAGGAGGCAAUAUCCAUGCAUUCACAGCGAUAACACCAUGCGCAAUACUUGAUGUCAUUGGACCUCCUUAUUCCCAAGAAGAUGGCCGUGACUGCUUAUACUAUAAGGAUACUCCGUAUACUACCAAUGCUACUUUAAAUGGGGACACGAUUCAACCUAAGGAGGAUGGUGAGAGGUACGGCUGGUUAGAAGAAAUCGACAUGCCGGCGAACGCACAGAUGGAUCAAAUCGAGUACCUGGGUCCGCAGGUUAUCGAGAACCGCGGUCGCUAGCCAUCUGAUGCAAGAUUCACACACAAAACGUCGUACUUUUUUUUUUUUUUUUUUUUUCCAUGGGGGAAAAAAAAGGGGGAGGGGGGAAGAGGUGGUUUCUCCAGAGUGCACGGAUGGGUAUCUACUUUUCCUUGAUGUAUUUUGGAACUGAGGCCUGAGGGUGUAGAGUUUCACUUCGAAGUUUCUAUGAAAAGUGGUAUAUGACAGGAAUUCAUAAACUGUAUACAAAACCGCAGGCGCCGGCUAACGGUUUCGCGCAA